UUUAAUAGCCUGUUCAAUACUUUGUUUAUGUAACAUAGUCUCCCUCAUGUUCUCUUCUAAUAUUAACAUCUGCUUGCAAUUUGGGACCUAAAACCUGCAAAAAUGUACAGAAGGACAAAAGGUAUACUUCACAUGUCAGUUUUACUGGUCUAACAGGCCAGUAUCAUAAUAGUGAUUUUAAUUGCUUCAAAUGGAGGAAACAUCAAGUUUAAGUAAAAUGGUGGGUCAAAAUGAAGAAUGUGUACAUCUCUCAUGAAAAGAGAUCAUCCUUCUCUAUGGUCAGGAUUAUGUUUUUAUCCAGGAUUAUAAAUGGUGAUAUUAAGAAGGGAGGGCUAGCUUGGCUCUUAAUAAUGACGGGUUAAUACUCAGGACUCAGAACCACUUUACCGUGUCAUGUUCAGCAAGCAUUUGGAGGAGCAUCGGUUGGAAUCUUUUUUUUGAAUAGCAGUUUAUUUUAUACAUGUAGUUUAUUCCAAUCACAUUUUUUUUGCCUUUUAAUUUUUACAAGAUGACAUCUGCUGGAAUUAAGUUAAAAUCAGAAGCUACUGAUACUGAGGUAAGACAUCUGUGGCAAUACAAGUAUAACUUACUUGUGUGUUAGCAGUGGUUUUUUAUUUGACUCUUUCUGCAAAAUUCUUGCUUAAGGUACUGUAUAACUUCUACACAGAGUACUCUGUAAAACCAUAACUUAAGUUUUCAGUUCAAACCUUUUUUAUUUUGCUUAUGUUGACAUUUAAUGAUUGUCUUCGAGUUUCUUUUUGGAGCUGGACUGACUAAUAACUGGGAGAAUAAUAAACUUUUAAAUCCUUGUUAGUUUUUGAAUUGACUAAUAUCUUUUCUCCUGGCUUUCCCCAAAGAAUGAACCAUUUUUAUACUCUUCCAUACAUUAGACAGUAAACAAAGUAAAUUUUAUUUACAGCUCUCAUUGUUCGUUUAACUACCAAGACAUAGACUAGAAAAUAUAGAGUUGAAUACGUGCACCUGCUUGGUUUUGAGUUGAAUUACUAGCUACUACUGACUUACUCUUUUCAAAAAUUUCUUGUUUUUCUAGGCAUCAGAUAGUAAAAAUGACCUUGGUGCAAACCCUCUGAUCUCUGUGACACAGAGUACUCCAGAUAUCGACAGAAAGCAUCUAGUGGCACCUGUAAAUCAGUUACAAGUUCCUUCUCAGCGUCAACGCUCCAAUUCUUUAAGGGAAGAAUCACCUGAAGAACAGCAAAAGUUUCUCAGUAUGAUCACUCAGGGCCAGCGUGGACGUAUAGAGGACCAGCGCUGCAUUUUGAGUCCUAGCGCAGAUCGGGAUUUUUUUUUAAACCUUUUGACACGAGCUCAAAGUGGAAGGCUGGAUGACCAGCGAGUAUCACUUUCAUCAUUACCAGUAUCACAGAAUGAAAAUGGCGACAAUAAAGGGGACUCAAGUUGCUUGUUUCAGAUGGUCUCAAAAGUCCAGGGUUCCAGGAUGGAUGACCAAAGGUGUUGCCUGCCUCAGUUUCAAGGCCCACAAGUUCAUAUUUCUGAAAAUAAUUUACAAUUAUCACCUGCUUUGGGUCCAGCGCGCUUAGCCUCCUUCAGCACAAACUCAGAUGUAAAUCCAAAGAAUAAAGAGAAACAGCAAAGUGCGUUAAAUGUUAAUCCUCACGUUUUGCCCAGUUCCAAACUCACUCUAAGCACAGUGCCACAAGAUGAUGAAAAACUCUUCAGUUUGGUCGCAAACUCCCAGGGCAAACGACUUGAUGACCAGCGUAUGUUUCUUCCAUCAUUACCAGGAAUACAGAACAGAGGCACCAUAUCAACAGUAACUCCUGCUGAAAUGGAUGAAAGAUAUUUGUGCUAUUUAGUUUCAAGAGUCCAGGGCUCAAGGAUGGAUGAACAAAGAUGCUCUGCACCCCAAAUCCUAAAAAAUUUGAACACCCCUUCUACUGAGCACAAACACCUCAUACAUGAUGCAUCUGAUAAACCUCCCAAGAGUUCAGCUAUCUUCAAUGCUCCUCAACAUUGGCAGGAUUUAUCUGCAGCUGAGCAGGAGCAUUUUUUUGAUAUGAUAAGACAUUCUCAAAGUGCUCGAAUGGAAGACCAACGAUGCUAUUUACAACCUUGCCGAAGUACAGCCACCACUCCAGUGCACAAUGGUGGCCCUUUGAAUAAUGGGCUCAUGGGGUCCAAACCUAUCGCAUUCGUCAACAGUAAGAACUCCAGUCAGGCAGUCAGGCUACAAGAUCAACAUUCUCCAGGAACAAGUCCAAUAUUUGAAGCAAAGAAAAAUGCAUCACCACCAUAUAUUAUUGUGAAUGAAGGAACACCUGCUACAUCGAGGAAGUCCUUUUGCAGAAGUUCCUCUCAGCCCCAAAUGUUUGAUGCAGAUUCAAGCUCUAUCUUGGCCUUACCUAAGUCUGCUUCAUUUACCCCUGAGACUGAAUUCAGGAUGGAUCAAAACUCUCAAGCACAGAUGACAUUGAAAGUAUCACUGAGUGUAACACCACAGCCAGGAAUAAAGAAUGACUAUCUAGUACCAGAAGUCUUUCUUACUCUUGGUGCUCCAGGAGACAAUGUUGUGAUUCCUCUUAGUCCAGUAUUUGGCAGACCACUAUCUUUGGACUUAAACCUAGUCCCCAAAAAAGAUGCUAAAUCUAGGUACAACUCUCCAAGAAUGGCAAGUCCAAGGAAAGCACAUUCACGGCCAUCAUCUCCCUACCGGGAGCAAGAGCAUCCUAUAACUAUAGGCCCAAAUCAGAAAGAGAAACUUUUGACCUCUUCUGUCAGUCCAAAUAAAGAAUGCUUCUUUAUGAAAAAGAAUAUAAACCCUGCACAGAUGCACAAAGGGACAGAUUUAGGAAGAGCGAAAUGUCAAGGGGUUCAUAAAAAAGGAAGAGACAGAGUAGAGCAAGGAAAGGGAGUUGGAAAGAAAGAUAAUAAAUAAGUCUGAUUGUAUAUUAUCUGUAUAUAAAAAUAAUAGUUAAAUAUAAAAUGUAAGAAAAAAGUUAGACUUAGAAUUUAGGGUUUUUUUUCAAGGUUUUGUUGGCUCUAGUGGAAUUUAGUGAAAGUAGUUCGGCAGGAAAGAGGAUAAAGAGAGAGAGGGAAGACAUUCGGCAAAUGUCGCCAGUCUGGGAAUCCAACUUGCGACUACUCAUGAGGAUUAAAGCCUACAUACGUGGGUCAUGCUUUGCCCCUGCGCAACCACAGCAUCCACUAGAAUGUAGUUUUUGUUUGCUUUGUCUUUAAAUAGUCAAAUAAUUUAUAAGCCUCUGUUAAAUUAUUGAUUUUAGGGGUGCUUUGAUGGCGCAGGGGUUAAGCACAACCCACAUAUGGGGGGCUUAGUUCUCGGCAUGGCUGUUUCAGGUCCGAUUCCCGGCCUGGUGACCUUUGCCACAUCGUCCCCCUUCUCUCAUUACCUACUUUCCUUUCAAUUCACUAUCAAAUAAAGGCCACUAGAGCCAUUAAAGCCUUUUUCUUUUUUUUUUUUUAAAUACUGAUUUUAUGAGAUGUUUGUAAUUAAAGACUUAUAUAAAGUAUAUAUGUAUAUGUUUGUUUUAGCUUGUCUUUUGGGGUGUAGUGUAGAAAUAAUUGGUUUUCUGCCAUGUUUUCACUGCAAACAAGUAAAUUUUUCUUUUCUGUAUAUUAAAGGAAUUAAAAACGGUUGUGACAUGUUGAACCAUUUGUUGAAAGUUAAAUAACUAAAUCAAAUAAAAUAAAUUAAAACUUGUGAAAAAUAAGCUUGGUAUAUUUUGGUCGUCUGAAAUAAAUGGAAAAUUUGUC